GUACGAUCAUGCACUCUAGUAGUCGUAGUUUUUCGAUAUUUGUCACGCGCUGGAACUCCAGUUCAUAUGUUUUAAAAAUGCUCGUUUGAUGAAACGUCAAAAACAUGAAAUUAAAUCGUGAAAACACCUGAUUCCUAGUUAUAGAUAAAUUUCAGUAAAAGAUUUGUUUAAACUUCAGCCAAGCCAAAACUGCUCUUCGAAUACCUCGAGCAGUUUUUGAAACACGCCAAACUACAUUCAAAUUCACACCAACAUUGCUUGUGCCCUUUUAAUUAGAUAGAAAAUAAUCAAUUUGGCAUAACUAGACUAGUCAGUAUUUUUUUUUUCUCUGGUAAUAUACACGACAAUGUCAAAGGGAAAAGAUUUCAGCUGCGUAGGAGGUCUGCAGAAGCACAUCCAAAUAUUAAAGGAAACCGUACUGUUCCCAUUGAUGUACGGGGAUAUUUACGCCAAAUUCAAUUUGAAACCACCACGUGGACUUUUGUUUUAUGGCCCUCCAGGUACGGGGAAAACUUUGGUAGCUGGAGCUUUAGCUACAGAAUGCAGUAACGCCGAGAGAAAAGUCUCCUUUAUUUCCCGCAAAGGAUCUGACUGCCUCAGCAAAUGGGUAGGCGAGAGCGAAAAAAAAUUACAACAGAUUUUUCAAACAGCUCAUCAGUUGAGGCCGUGCAUUAUUUUUUUCGACGAAGUUGACGGCUUAGCCCCGAUACGAUCAGGCCAUCAAGAUUACGUACACGCUAGCGUAGUAACCACUCUUUUAGCACUAAUGGAUGGCUUGGACAAUAAUUCAGAAGUCAUCGUGAUCGGAUCGACAAAUCGAUUGGACGCGAUAGAUCCUGCUCUUAGACGUCCGGGUAGAUUCGACAAGGAAUUGUACUUUCCGUUACCGUCUUACAAUGCAAGAAAGGCCAUUUUGUCGGUGCACAUUGAAAGUUGGAGGCAAAAGCCAUCGCAAAAAUUUUUGUCUUACUUAGCAGCAAAAACUAUAGGAUUUUGUGGCAGUGAUUUGCAAGCAAUUUGUGCAGAAGCAGUUAUGAGUUGCGUUCGGAGAACUUAUCCUCAAAUUUAUACGUCCAAGUCGAAGUUUCAGAUCAAUGACAGAUCUCUUAAGGUAGAGAAGCAGGAUUUCUUGAAUGCUCAGCAAAAUAUUAUUCCAGCAUCGCAUCGAAUCGCAGUAACAGCGAUUAGAUGUCUCCCGAAGAGGAUUCAACCAUUGUUAGAAGAUACCUUGGCUAAUAUCAUGUGCAAACUGAAAAAUCUCUGCCCACCAGAUAUGUUAACUUCUGAUGUGGUGUAAG